AUGGAAGCAGUGCAGGAGGCCAGCCUGGGCGCCCUGCUGGACGCUGGGGACGGCGCCGUGGUGACUCUGGUGGCCGGCGACACGCGGCUGGUGGCGCACAGGGCCGUCCUGGCCGCCAGGAGCCCCGUGAUUGCCGCCAUGUUCCGCCACGGCACGCUGGAGGCCAGCAGCGGCCAGCUCACAGUCCCUGACGUGGAGGGCCCGGUACUGCAAGAGCUGUUGGGCUACCUCUACAUCCUGCAGUCGCCCCAGCUGCCAGGCAUGGCCCACCAGCUGCUGGCCGCCGCUGACAGAUACGGAGUGUCCGUCCUGAAGGCAGAGUGUGAGCAGCAGGUGGCCGCACAGCUGUCCGUUGAGACUUCGGCUGCCACCGCUGUCCUCGCGAUUAGGCACUCUGCUGACAGCCUGAAGCAGGCCGCCGUCGCCUACAUUACGGCCCACUUGGUAAGUGUGAUGGCCACGCAGGCCUGGGCAGAUGCAAUGCAUAGCCGCCUGAAGAUUUGA